AGGAAGGGGGAGGAGCCUGUUCAGGUUUUCAGACUGUGGACUGGUUGUAAAGCUGUAAGCUCCAGACUGGUGUUAAACUGGUCUAGUUGUGGAUUUUAAAGCUGAACAAAGUGAAGGACUGAAGAGUUCGGGGUGGUGAAGUCUCCUCCUCCAGACCUCAGUGAGACGAUGUCUUCACCCUCCAGCAGCCUGAGAACAUGACUCCGAGGAGAAGGCCUCCAGCAGCCACCGUCUUCCUGGUUAUGGUGCUGAGUGUCUUCAGCACGGAUUCCCUCACCUGUCCUCCAGCCAAGUAUGAAGUGGACAACGAGUGCUGUCCCAUGUGUCCAGCAGGAACUCGAGUUAGGAUUGACUGUACAGCAUUCAGGAGCACUUCCUGUCUGCCUUGUGAGGAGGGAACCUUCACAGAAAAGCCCAACGGGCGAAGCAGAUGUUUUUCCUGCACCUCCUGUGAUCCAGGUUCUGGGCUGACAGUGAAGAAGUCCUGUUCAGGAACAUCAGACACAGUUUGUGAGCCGCUGGAAGGAUUUCUGUGUGUCGACUCUUCUGACAGAAACAGCUGUGCAGCAGUGAGGAAGCACCGCAGCUGUGAGCCGGGUCAAUACAUUCAUCAGAAAGGAACAGCCUCCUCAGACACCCAGUGCUCCCCCUGCAGUGACGGGACGUUUUCUGACGGGAACUCCACCACAUGUCAGCAGCACACACAAUGUGAAGAGCUGGGCCUGCUGCAGACAACAGCUGGAACCGCUUCAGCUGAUGCUCAGUGUGAGGAAGAAAACCUAUCUGGAACAGUUAAAGCUGUCAUUGUGGUUCUGGUGGUUCUGUUGGAAAUACUCGUAAUAGUUGGAGUUGUAAUGUUUUUCAAACUAAAGUAUAACUUCAAGAGGAACGGCAGACCGGAACAGGAGACUGAGAACUUCUUCCUGAAGACAAGCUGAACCUCCUCAGUGAGA